AUGCCGCCGGAAUUACAUAGAAUAUGUUACGGCUGUGACAUGAUAAAACCCGGCGGCGACCCAGAGGAGGACGUCUGUUCAGCAAAGGCAGGGAAAGUACAUUCUCGCACUCGACUUGCUCUGAGCCUGAAAGACAAAGGGCUCUUUAUGGAGAACGUAGUCAAAAGCAAUGUGGCUUUGUUCUAUCUCAAUUCCAAGGACAAUUCUGCCAAGCAGGCACAGCCCUUGCCACACAGCUCUGCAGAUUCCAUAUCCCAUGCUGUCCAUAGUAAUAGCACACUGAGAGAACAUUUCACUACUGACACCAUGCAAUAUUGCUAUUGA